CCUGCCGAGUUCUUUUAGCUCCCCACCUACCUAAGCAGAACUUGGUUUCCUAGCGUGCUUCCGGACGCCAGAAUUGUGUCCUCCGUGUUCUUCCGGAGCCGGAGCAGCGGUAUCCAGGCUGUGCAGCAGGUAGAAAGCGGAUGCUGAGUGGACAGCCGGCCCGGCGCCUGGUCGCUAUGGCCACCCGCAUCUGUGUGUCACGGGGCAGCGCGGGAUCUGCGUCCUGCGGACCUGUGGAGGCUGCUAUUCGUGCGAAGCUGGAGCAAGCCCUGAGCCCCGAAGUCCUGGAGCUGCGCAACGAGAGCGGCGGCCACGCGGUCCCACCAGGCAGCGAGACGCAUUUCCGUGUGGCAGUGGUCAGCUCUCGUUUCGAGGGACUGAGCCCCCUGCAACGGCACCGACUGGUCCACGCCGCGCUGUCGGAGGAGCUGGCCGGACCGGUACACGCGCUGGCCAUCCAGGCGCGGACUCCCGCCCAGUGGAGGGAGAACUCACAAUUGGACGCUAGUCCUUCCUGCCUGGGUGGAAGCAAGAAAACUCGAGGGACCCCCUGAUACCCAGUGGGGAGGGGGGCAACGAUCCGAAUGAGCUGAGUGAGAAUAAACUACUAAUACCACUACCUCAAUACCUUGAUUUGUAAGAGCGAGGACCCCCGGGUCCCCCAUUGUUAGCACAUGCCAGUCAGAGGUAGUAACUCCAGGUCAAAGCCAAGCUAGCCUAGGGGGAGACCAAACCAGCCGCUCCUGCCUGGACUAGUUCGGAAGGGCUGCCACCUGUUCCAUGUUAAAUUGUGACCUAGGCCCUGCACCAAUUCUGGUGAAUUGGAAACAGCCCUGAACAUUAAAAGAGAAGUUGCAUUGAA